AUGGCCGAUAGUGGCAACCGGGUGUUCUGUCAUGCUUGUGGUGGCGUGUGGUCGCAAGAUCAUAGUGGCCUAACUUGCCCGCACUGCGAAUCCGAAUUCACAGAGAUUUCUGAACACGACGAAGAUCCGCCUUCGCCACCUAUUAAUCCGUGGGCAGACCACAAUCCGUGGGCGUACGAAGGAGACUCUCCUCCACGAGCACACAACUUCAUGGAUUCUCGAUCUCCAAGAUACUCGCACCAUUCCUACAGGUCGCCCGAUGGUCGUUUUACCUUCAGCAGCACAACCAUCGGCGGCGGGUUUUCGCGCCAAGGAGGCGCUCACCCGAAUCCUAUGAUUCCCAUGAUGCUCCAGAGCCUUGAAUCGAUCUUCCAGAACUUUUCAGAUCCAUAUGAUGGUGCAGGCCACCGGGCAAUGUCGCCACAUGACCCUUAUCGCGCGCGCUCGCCCGGGUGGCCAGAUCAAGAUCAUACGGGAAUGCAUAGACAUGCAGGCGACGAGGGCCUCUUUCCCCGCAAUGCAGAAGGGCCGCAACCGAUGGCAGCUCCGGUAGGAAGUUUAGCCGAGUAUGUCCAUCACUCCUCUUCGAUGUAUCCUUCUGCAGGCAGCGGUCAUGGCGUGCAUCUCAUCCAACAAGGGGCUAACUAUCACUCCAGACUCCUCGAGACCUUCCGAUAUAGCGAAUUUCCCACUUCUCAGAGCAGGCCUCGUCGGCAUGGCGCACGCGGAGUGGCAUCUCCACAUCCUCUGGCCAUGCUCGAGGCCCUGCUGAACCUGAAUCGGAACGGGGACGCGGUCUACUCGCAGGAGGAGCUCGACCGUGUUAUCUCGGAAAUGAUAGAUCACAAUGCUCAGGGCACGGCUCCACCCCCCGCGUCCGAAAGCGCCAUCCGGUCGCUCCCCAGGCAGAAAAUGACGAAACAAAUGAUGGGGUCGGAUGGCAAGACGGAGUGCUCAAUAUGUAUGGAUGCCGUGGAACUGGACACAGAAGUCACGGUGCUCCCCUGUACCCACUGGUUCCACUACAGCUGUAUUGAGGCGUGGCUGAGCCAGCAUAAUACUUGCCCACACUGCCGUCGGAGCAUUGAUGCGGUUGGCACCACAAAUACUGGCGAAGGCACCAGCGAUAACCCCGUCAUCAUUCCAGAUAGCCCCGAAUCCCCAACUUCCGGGCGACGACGACGGCGCCGCAGUUCUCCCUUCUCUCGCAGUUCACGCAGUGCUCGUUCCUCGGUAUCGAGGUCGAGCCCUAGUUCGCCGACUCCUGAAACAAGUGAAUCUCAUAUUAGACGGGGCAGUCGGGGCGAAAGCCACCGUGGUGGAUUGACAGGCUGGGUUUGGAGCCGUUUUGGAGGUGGAAGUGGCUGA